AUGGAAUCGAUUACAAAUUGGAUUGCAAUUCAUCAUUCAAAUCCUCCUCUUAGUACUUUUGGUUCUUUCCAACGUCAGCUUCACAUGAUGUCAGGUUACACUCUUCUUAUUCUGCAGUUGGCAGUUGCAUCGCUUCUAGUCACGUCGUGGUACGCCUUUCAGCCGAACACUCGGUCAAAUAAAAUAGUUUCCUACAUAAUAAAUAAACUUUUGCUCUGGUGGUACCCAAUUUAUUCUACAGAUGGCUCAACGCCCAUCCCAACUUGCCCCUACCAAUUUCCAGAUGGUGGGGGUAGUAUCAAGUUCUUGGAGGGAGAGAGCGUCUCUCGUCAGUGGGCCGAGAAAUAUGGCCCGAUCUAUCGCAUAUGGGUUGGCCUGACGCCAGAAAUCAUUUUGACCCGCGCGGAUGAGAUCAAGACGGUCUUUAAAGACUCCGGCAACCACUACAAGGCUUCGAACCUAAAUGGUGGAUGGGUGAUGGGCGAUCUAGUCGGCGACGGCGUCGGACUCAUCAGCCAAGGACACUGGAAACGAGUCCAUGCUGUAGUCUCACCACCAUUUACCCAGAAGCCCACGACAUACGUCCCCUUUGUCCAAUCCCGUAUUUCUCAGCAUUUCUCUGAGCUCUACAAGGACUAUGAAGGCGGGAAAACGCUGCGAAUCAAGCCCGCCGAGGAUCUCAAGCUUCUGCCCUUCUGGGUCAUUAGUGACCUCUUAUAUGGAAACCUGUCCCCGGAAAUGACAGAGGAACUCUUGCUCAUCACUGAUCUGCGCACUGAUGUGUUUCAAUAUGCCUUCAAGGGUGGAUUAUCACUGUUCUCUAUCAGCAAGAUAUUUUACCCUGCCAUAAGGAACAAGUUGCACGCUUUCCACACUCGUUGGGCCGAUUUCAAUCGGAAAGCGUACCACGAUGCAAAGAACCGCGAGGACGCCUCUGUUUGUGCUAUUGUUAGCUUGUAUAUGGCCGUCGAGCAAGGUCAGAUUACACCAACCGAACUGAUGCAUACAUUGGACGAGGCUUUAUUUGCCAACAUUGAUGUGACAAUUGGCAGCUUCUCCUGGAUUCCGCAAUUCCUAGCUGAGAACGCCGGUCUACAGAGCGAGGUUAGAAAUGAGAUCUCAAAAACCAGAUCUGACACAACCGCAGAUUCCUGGGUCAAAUACAUUGCCAGCAACUCGACUCUGCUUGCGAGCUGUAUCAAUGAAUCUGCGAGACUGAAACCAGUCACUAACUACACCUACGCGCAAUCUAUGCCCACUGACCGCGAUGUGGGUGGAUACCGCAUUCCCAGUGGUACCUUCAUGGUGGUUGACACGAACGCCUUGAAUAUUUGGGAUGAUGCAUGGGGCUCUGAUAAAAUGAGCUUCCGUCCCCAGCGAUUUAUAGAGGAAUCCAGGUCAAACUUUCGGUAUCGCUUUUGGCGCUUUGGCUUCGGGCCUCGCCAGUGUAUUGCACAGGCGCUGGCAGACACGAUCCUCAAGGUCUUGGUUGCGUACACUGUCGAGAAUUAUGAGUUGAAAUCCCCUGGAAAGUCUGCUGUGAAUGAGAAGGAUGCUCAGAAACGAGGCGAAGCAUGGUUCAAGGUUGCUGAGCAAGAGAUUAUUUUAGAAGCGCUAUAA